AUGAAGCUCCCUGUGACACUUGCUAUGCUUGCGGCCACCGCCAUGGGCCAGACGAUGUGCUCUCAAUAUGACAGUGCCUCGAGCCCCCCAUAUUCAGUGAACCAGAACCUCUGGGGCGAGUACCAAGGCACCGGCAGCCAGUGUGUAUAUGUCGACAAACUCUCCAGCAGUGGUGCAUCCUGGCACACCGAAUGGACCUGGAGCGGUGGUGAGGGAACAGUGAAAAGCUACUCUAACUCUGGCGUUACAUUUAACAAGAAGCUCGUGAGUGAUGUAUCAAGCAUCCCCACCUCGGUGGAAUGGAAGCAGGACAACACCAACGUCAACGCCGAUGUCGCGUAUGAUCUUUUCACCGCGGCGAAUGUGGACCAUGCUACUUCUAGCGGCGACUAUGAACUGAUGAUUUGGCUUGCCCGCUACGGCAACAUCCAGCCCAUUGGCAAGCAAAUUGCCACGGCCACAGUGGGAGGCAAGUCCUGGGAGGUGUGGUAUGGCAGCACCACCCAGGCCGGUGCGGAGCAGAGGACAUACAGCUUCGUGUCGGAAAGCCCUAUCAACUCAUACAGUGGGGACAUCAAUGCAUUUUUCAGCUAUCUAACUCAGAACCAAGGCUUUCCCGCCAGCUCUCAGUACUUGAUCAAUCUGCAGUUUGGAACUGAGGCGUUCACCGGGGGCCCGGCAACCUUCACGGUUGACAACUGGACCGCCAGUGUCAACUAG